GCACCGGGCCCCCGGGCGGAGCGGCAGGCACCGGGCCCCCGGGCGGGGCGACAGGCCUCGGGCCCCCGGGCGGGGCGACAGGCCUCGGGCCCCCAGGCGGAGCGGCGGGCGCCGGACCCCCAGGCGGAACUACAGGUCUCGGGCCCUCAGGUGGAGCGGCGGCGCCGGACCCCCAGAUGGAGCGACAGGUCUCGGGCCCUCAGGCGGAGCGGCGGGCGCCGGACCCCCCAGAUGGAGCGACAGGUCUCGGGCCCUCAGGCGGAGCGGCGGGCGCCGGACCCCCAUAAUGGAGCGACAGGUCUCGAGCCCUCAGGCGGAGCGGCGGGCGCCGGACCCCCAGAUGGAGCGACAGGCCUCGGGCCCCCAGGCGGGGCGACAGGCAUCGGACCCCCAGGCGGGGCGACAGGCCUCGGGCCCCCAGGCGGGGGCGGCGGGCGCCGGGCCCCCAGGCGGCGCUACAGGUCUCGGGCCCUCAGGCGGAGCGGCGGGCGCCGGACC